AUGCUCGCUCGCCUCAGCCUGAACUGCAUCAUAACGCCUUCGGCGAGUGCCUCGCUCCGCAGGGCACGACCAUCGCUGACGGUGUCUGCGCAUCAGCCGCUGCGCGCAGCGCAGCGGCGAUGCGCCACGAAGGCCGAGGCCAAGGCAUCAACCAAGGCGGAGCAGCAAGCAACCUCUGCUUUCGGUGGUGCUGCAGAGGCGAAGGUCACGUCUCAGCAUCCGAUCUCACACGGCCCGCAACGCAAGGACUGGCGCACGCACAAGGAGAUCGUCUACGUCAAGGGUGUUCCAGCUAAGGGGAGCCUCUUCAAGUUGCCACUGGCGGAACAGCUUAUCAUUUGCCUUGUCUUUUCCAUUGCCGGGUCAGCCGCGGUGUACCUUGUGCGGCCGCAGAUACGGUACCUCUGCCAUCACGGCUUCCUAGGGCUCACCGACGAGGCGGGGUGGAAGAACGGGCCGUGGCUCUACCGCUUCAUGUACUGCCUCAUCAUGUUCCCCAGCUACUCGCUCAUUCUCUUCGUUGUCGGUGGGUUGUUCGGGCGUCGCAUCUGGUUCUCCUUUAUGAUCCACAAGAUGUGGUCCCGCUUCCUCACACGCAACGCGUCGCGGCGGCUGAAGCACUUGCUGGAUCUGCAGCACUAUUAA